AUGAAGAAGGAGAGGCAGGAUAAGGGCGAUGAGGAGAGGGAGCAGAAGUUGAUUCAGCAGCAGGUUGAGAGAGCACGCAAAGCGGAGUUGGCGAAGGCUGCUUCUGCUGCUGAUAAGAGUGAGGGUGGUAGUGGGGAGGAGUCGGACGACAAGGGAAUACUGGAGAGAAAGGAAGGUGAAAAGGUCAAGCUCAGUUUUGGCGCGAAGCCGUCGCCCCAACCUCAAAGCGACGAGAAACCCGACGAAAAGCCUGAAGAAGCAGCACCCGCAAAAACAUCAAUCUCCUUCUCAGCAUCAUCUACCGCAAAACCGAAAAACGUCUUCGCCACCAAACCAACCGGCGUCAAACCAUCGAAUGCAUUCGCGUCCGUCAAGAAAUCAACGUUUGUCCCCCAACAACAAAAAGUGUCACAGCAAGAAAUGAUUAUGAAACGCGAAAUGGAGGCGAUGGAACAGAAGAAGCGCAAAUUUGUUGCGGGUACGAAUGUGUUUGAUGCGGGGAAGAAGCAGAGGGUUUCCUGA